GAUGAGGUCGACGAGAUCUUCGCCCAGGAGCUCCAGCACGCCCCGCCCGACAGCCGGCCCGGGGCCCAGCAGCCGCCGCAGCGGUCCGAGGCGGAGGAGCUGCGCAUCCUCACGCUCAGGCUCCGCCAGCUCCCGCGCGAGGAUCUGCUGCGGCUCUACCGGGGCGAGUUCCAG